CCGAGCAGGACAGCGCAUCCAGCACCACCGCGACGACGCCAUGGAGCUGCCGUGGGUGCUGCUGGCGCUGGCUGGGACGGGCGCAGCCGCGGACCUGGCCCGGCUGCCCUACGUGCCCCAAGUGCCCCCCACGGCGCUGCUGGGCAAGGUCACUGCCACCACCUUCGCGCUGGAGAGGCCCCGCUGCGUCUUCGACGGCCACGCCGACGCCUCCGACGCCGUGUGGCUGGCGGUGGCCUUUGCCAACGCAUCAGCCGCCUUCAGAAACCCGCAGUGCCGGGCUGAGGUGCCCCGGUACGAGCAGCUGCCCGCUGCCCGCUCCUACAUGACCCUGGAGACGGCGGCGGCCGCGUUUUCCUGCUCGGCGCCGAGCUCGCCCGUCCUGCGGGUCGGGGGGGACACGGCCUGCAGGGAGCAGGGCAGACAGGACCCCUGCAAUGGGCCCCUGCCCUCCCCGGGACCCUACAGGGUGAAGUUCCUGCUCAUGGGCUGCCGCGGGCCCAAGGCGGAGACGCGCUGGUCCGAGCCCAUCCUCCUGCGCACAGCCGUCAGCCCGAGCACCAUCGAGCCUGCCCCCGCUCGCCGCGGCAGCGCCGUGCUGGUCAUCGCCUCCAUCCUGGCCAGCCUGGGGGCCGUGCUGGCCACCGCCGUGCUCGGAGCCCUGGGUGCCAAGGUGUGGGGCUCCCUGCGCCCCCAGGGCUUGGGGACCGACGCCUUCAUCCGCAGAUCCUACCGGACCCACCACAUCCCCCCGGCCCUGCCCCAGCCCCUGCCCCCCGGCUGCGGGUGCAGCCCCCCAGGGCUGUGCCACUCUGCCCCCCAGCCCCCUGCGCCGUGUCAGACAAUCGUGGAACACUUUGGGUUGGACGGGACCGUAAAGGGACCACCUCAUUUCAACCCCAGUGCCACAGGCAGGGACACCUUCCACUAG